CGAGAGAAACAGAGGUCAAAGGUCUUUUCGAAAUUCUAUCUGUUACGUUGAUGUUCCGGUUUUUAAUACCGUAUUGAUUUUUCGAGUCUGUGUAAACAAAUAAACCGAGUUUUAUAUAUUGAACCCUCUUUGCUUUUUUUUCUACUUUGUGCUUUGCACGAAAAAUGAGACGCUCUACAACCUCUCGUCACAGUUUGAACAUGCUCGAAGAGCGUGAUGUCUAUGUGCAGGAACAACGUACGACGACUACCCCCCAAGAACGUCGUGUGGAGCCAAUCAUGGCAGACCCCCUCACGGAGGCCGAGCAGAACGCUGGGAUGACGCGGGACUUUAAAACCUUAUCACGAGAAACAAGAACUUUAACGCAGCUGUCCGUGUGGCAUGUGGUCGUGGAUCGGUCAUGAUCUUCAUCUGUGUGCGUAAUUAUUAUGAUUCUAGUACUCCUCGUCACAGCGUCUCUAUGUCUCACCUUGAUGUCAUGAACCGGCACAGCUUGCGAGCCAAUGGCGGGUCGUGGGAAAAAUAAAAUGUCCUGUAAUAGAUUUGUUCACAGUAAAAAGGGGCUGCUUGUCUCGAAGUAGAUUUCUCUAUGUGAUAGAUGUGGCAUAUUGUGCAGACGAAAAAAAUGUACCCGACAUCCAAAUCCGUGCUCCAUGCCUUAUCCCGCACGUCAAAUCAUGUGAGGUCGGGUCGUGAGAAACAAGAUUGAUGAAACAGUUGCAGUUGCGCCAUUUGUGUCAUGGACAGAAGCGGCGUAUUAUUUGCAAAACCAGCCUCCAUUGUGGUACUAGUAUGUCUGAUAGAUUUGGAGCAGCGCCACGAUUGAGUAUUUAGUUGCAUCAGUUAUAAAUUUCUCAGUAACUACGACCCGGAGGACUUCACAUAUAUUUGCUAUUUGAUGUUGCGAUUAUUUGUUGCCCGAAAUCGAUGAGGAAAAGGCCCGUCCUCCCACUUCGUCUCACAAGCUGAAGGGCAUCAACUUCGGGGACUACCUGCGCGGGCUGGAGGAGGCCGAAAUGACCAAGAAGGAUCAGCAAAAAAUCACGAAAAAACACCACGUGCACCCCACCGCGACACGGAAAGUGUCGUCCGUGAGUCACAGUACAGCCGCGUCCACGCCUAGUAUCGCAAGAAAAAACUGCUUCACUGUGAACUUGUGAUGCAUUGAACGGAAUGCAAAUGUGUUUGAUGUCUUGCUACACAUGCAAGACAUUGGAUUUUUAGCUGUGUUUUCCCGUAGAGUGAAGGAAGCACGCAUGCCAAGUUUUGUUUGUCAUGUGGAACUACAAACUUGCGAUGCAGAUCUUGCAAAAUCGUCACAGUGAUACAGUUUUUUCGUGGGAUAACGCCCAAGAACAGCAUCCCCAUCGGCGCAAAGCCGCAGCGGAAGAGAGAUAUCAUCCGAAAGAUCGCGAAUGUUAUGUCGAGGAAUCGCCCUCCUCCAUACAACUCAAAACGGAUUUGCGCGGACUGAUUUUUGCACAUUUUUUGGUACUACGCAACAAGUACUAGAGCUCGUCCUGUACUAGUACUAAUAUUGCAUCAAUAUAUAACGUGGAGCCUAAGAACGGAAUAUUACGCCCUCAGGAAGCUGACUAUGGGAGAGUUUAUUCUGGCUUUGUCCUGCUGCUUUGUUGCGCAGUACAAGUAUAAUCCGAUUUGCUAUUGCGCAAAUCUUUUUCAUUCGGCGCAAAUCUCUCGCGCAGCACGGAGAGGGCGACUUCUCACUUCGAUACGCUAGUGGUUCGAACUGUGCUAUGACAUCAACGGACCAAUUCUAUCAAGUGCAAAUAUGUCUGGGUCUGGAAGGGUCCGAACUUGUGAAUGUGUUGCGAGUUGCGGAUCUUCACACAGAGUUCUCGUGUGUGAUUUCCUUCAAUAGGUGCUCACUUCUUCUGGUCAGGUCAUGCUGAGAGGGUGUAAUCUCUCAUUCAGAAUACUUAGGCAUGAUCACGAAGGGGCUGCAGAACCUGUGAUGCUAGGCAUUUCAGACUUGCGGAAGCUUUGAGAAACUGCAUGACAAAUCUCGGAAUCUGUCAGGCCCAGACAUAUUUGCGAUGCAUAAUUCCACCUCUGGAUGGAGUGGUUAUAAUUUCACACACACACGACUUUUCUUCUUGCAACGAAAUAAGUUUUUUUUUAACCACUUAAGGAAAUAAUGUACUUAGAAAAGAAGCGGAAAUGAAAGAAAAGAAUACAACUACUGCAGAACUUUCACAAAAAAAACAAGUUUUGGGUUCACAAGAGCCCAAAACUACCACUAAGCAAAGCGGGAGCACGAAGAUAGCGUGUGGUCGAGUUACGUGGCAGCGUCUAUUACAGAAACCAACAUCAAUGUCGCUUUAUUGCUGGAAGAGGGCUAGCAAAGAUUUUUCCGAAAGCCACACACUAUAUUGAAACCCCCUUAUGAAUAUGAUAAAUAAACGAUCAAGUGCAGGAGCUCCUGCACAGGAGCGAGGACGCUUCUUGUGGAAUAUAGAU